CACCUCUCUUGUGCCGUGGGUCUCGCCGUCCGCCGUCCAAAUGGUUGCCAUCAGGACCGUCUUCUUCAAGUUUCUUCUCGUCUCCUUCGUCCUGGUUGGGUCGUAUUUACUCGUCUUCGCAUCACCUAGAGUAAUAUCACACCUGACUCCAUUCACAGAGAAGAUGUCCUCUUCUCGUUGGAAUCUCAUCAGUGGUAGUGAAAGUGGUUCGAGGGAGAAUGUUCUUAAUGACUACUACAGAAACGAUAUUCAGUAUAAAACGCCCAGUGAGAGCCAGUCCACGACCGAUAUGAGCAGCGACGCUCUCUUCGAUCAGGCUUCAAGCGAGAACGAGGUCGAAGCCACGUCUCUCUUUACUGAAAAUACUAUCAGGCAGGACUCGGAGGCAGAGACCCGAGAGGUAGAGAGCCCUGAGGAAAGAGACCGAGAGGCAGAGAGCGAAGAGGAAAAGAACCAAGAGGUAGAAAGCUUAGAAGAGAGGAAUCAAGAGGCAUGGGGCGAGGAGGAAUGGGACCAAGAUGAAGAUGAAGAGCAAGACAAUCAAGAAGCAGAGAGCCCCGAAGAGAGGGGCAAAGUGGCACAGGGGAAAGAGAAAUGGGACCAAGAGCAAGAUGCCGAUGUGAGAGAGAACCAAGAGCAAGAGGACCAAGAGGAUGAGGGCCUCGAAGAAAGGGAUCAAGUGGCAGAGGUCAUAGAGGAAUGGGACCAAGAGAGAGAGAAUCAAGAGGAAGAUGCCGAUGUGAGAGAGGACCACGAGACCGAGGGCCAAGAGGAAAUGGACCAAGAGACAGAGAGCCAACAGGAGGACGUCGAAAGAAGAGAGGACCAAGACGAAGAGGCUCCAGCCAGUGAAGACCCGACUCAAUCCGCAAAUGCAGAGUCCAGCCAGGAAAUGGCAAACAGCAAGAGCGCAGGUGCUUCCGAAGACACCAUCCGCAGCUUCCAAGAGACGAUGAGAGAAAGAUUCAAGCAAAGGCGAGCGGUGCUGCAGGCUGCAUGUGCGAAGAACAGAGGUUCUUUGCCUGUCCAAGCACGCACGGCACGCGUGGAAGCUUUGUUCUUCGUGAAGAAGUACAAUUUUCUUACGUGUUUAUCACCCAAGGUCGGCACAACCACAUGGAAGACGCAUCUGCUGAGAAUGUGGGGUUAUGAAGCCAACUUCAAGACGCCUCACAAGUUCAAUAAAUUCAUCGGCAUCGGAUACAACAAAAGCCUCCGGAAGACGUACAGAUCCUCGAAGGGCCUGACGCGGGUAGUCACUGUCCGCCACCCGCUGUCCCGUCUCGCCUCCGCCUUCAGGAACAAGCUAGGCGACGGCAAGGCGAUGGUUCCCCCGAGUCACCACAUAUAUGAUAUCUUCAGGAUGGUGCUCGGCCACUCCAAUAUCAAGGCGUUCAGAUGGAAGGCGAACCAAGCCACCUUCCUGCAGUUCCUAAACUAUGUCAUUUCAGAAACGAAAUCCAACUCGAUUAACCCUCACUGGCGGCCAUACCUAUGGACGUGUCGCCCCUGUGGGAUGACCUACGACUACAUCGUCAAACUGGAGACCUUUGGCGACGACCUGCUGUACCUGGCCACCGCUGCGGGCAUCAAGGAGAUCAACACGGACCUGCGGAAGAACCAGUCGCCCGCCCUCGAGGAGAAGGUGACGGACUUCGAGGAGUACUUCGAGGACCUCCCUCCGCAAGUGUUGAAGGACAUCUACCAGAUCUACAAGUACGAUUUCCUCUUCUUCGGAUACGACGUCCCCGAGGCUAUGCUGAAGGCCAGCCAGGAGGACUCGUAGAGAUGUCGGUUCUUCUCUGUUGUGUCUCAUCUUCUGUGACGUCGGGUUCUCCUUCAGGAUAUUUAUGAAGUCCUGGAUUCCGUCGUUCGUAGCUUUUGUUCGCGUCGUCCAGUAUUCUACGCAUUCGUGUCGCAUUUGAUCUGAUUCGCUUAUUAUUUGGAAAUAAUAGUAAAAA